AUGCCGGUCGAUCUCUCCAUUUCCACGAAGAUGGCGGCCAACGCCCUGGACCUAGCUCAUAUGAAGAAGACAAAAAAUCAUGUUAGCCCUAUCAGUUCUCUUCAAGACUGAUUUAGAUUUUUUGCAUUGAUAGUCAUAGUAAGUAUUGGGACACGAACUGAUAGUGCACUGGCGUGUAGUUUUUUCUUUUCUUCAUAGAGCAGGCAGCGCAGUGGGCAGUAAAGCCGUUGAAGGAGGACGCAACCAACCUGGCGAUCCGGAUCAACCUGGCCGCCGAGAAGAUUGCGCAGGUUGCGAAAAAUUUAGAGAAAUUCGUUUACACCGUUCCCGUGCCGCACUUUCCGAGCGCUAUCCCCACCUUGCCCAAAGCCGGCCUGGCGACCUACACCACGCCACCGCCCGGCUCUCCUCAGGAGGCAGCCGCGGGAAACAGCGUCACCGGCGGCCCAACCGUGGAUGAUCUGUUGUCCCGAGCGAAGAAUGUAAACAGCUUUCUCGAAAUUGGACGAAGUUCAUUUUUAGCAUCCCCUUCGACUGGUGCAGAUACCCCGCUUUUGCAUCCACGCGACGGCGCGAACUACAUGCAACGUCGAGGAAAAAUGCAUCACAUUAUUGCUCGGUGGAACAAGCAGGAGUCUCAUCUCGGCUUCGGCAACCAGGCUCCUGCAGUAAAAGAGCUCGUCCCUUCGGUCCGGUCUUGGACGGGGUCAAGCUCAAGUACAAAUUCCGCCGCCCGUCUUCGACCAACGCAGUUUUACAACGGCAGAACCACCCUGGAACGGCAACAAGUUCGCAUUUCAAAUGCCAACUGCAACUCCGCUGCCUACACAACUACAUUUCUGCAGAUAGGAAGCAAGGGUGGGAAGGACAUGGCCGAGCAGGUGUACACGAAUGCUUACCUGCGAAAUCCGAGCACCAACACAUUUUUCGAAGCGGACGGAGAGCACGAGCAGACGCCGGGGGAAGGUGAAGCACAGGGCGAAGAUGUAGAGGAGGAAGAGCCUGAAGAGUGAGCAGAGCAGCACUAUUUCGUUUUCGUUUCUUAUGAAUAGCAGAGCUUGAUGUUACUUUUGUUCUUUGGUAGCUGGUACAACUUCUAAAACUGAGCUGUAACAAAAACAAACUGAGCGAUACGCCGAGAAGCUUGCGCUGGAUUUUUUUGUUUCGAAGAAAAAUACGUUGUUUCUGUGUAAUAAAAAUGCCAUUCUCGAUCAUUCUACUUUCAAAAACAAGCUGCACUAAAAAUGCUUGUUUUUUGAUUUGUAGAAACGUUUCAUCAACAGCGGAAAUGGAAGCCGGAAGGGCACAAGCGAUGGAUGUCGAUACUUUACUUCCAGCGGAG